UCCACAGGUUAUCAGAAUGUUAUCUUUGAUUCCUUCCCAGCUAUAGUUAGAUAGCUACCAAGUCCAAGGUCAGGAUACAGUAUCUUGUUUUACUGUAUACUCUGUAGUUAUCUUUCAGUGUCAGAACUGCAGCUUGUGGGUUAACAGACAAAAUGGGUAUUUUUUCACUACCCGUUUUGGCAUUGGUAGCCAUUGUGGGUGUGGCGAUCAAGGCAGUCCUGUAUUUCCUUGCAAAAUCUCCAUCUGAGAAUCCAUUCAAGCAACCUAUACAGACACCAGUAAAGCCAAAAGUGACGGACCAGAAAAAUCGAGAUGCCGUCCUCAAGCAAGGCUUUAGUGUGGACAAAGUGCCAGCAGACUUAGAUGCCAUAGUUGUGGGCAGUGGCAUUGGAGGCAUGUCAACAGCAGCUAUUAUGGCCAAAGCAGGAAAGCGAGUGUUGGUUUUGGAGCAGCACGACCAGGCUGGAGGUUGUUGUCACACCUUCAUUGACAAGAACUAUGAAUUUGAUGUAGGUAUCCACUACAUCGGUGAAAUGCAAUAUCAGUCCAUUAGUAAGACUUACCUCGACCAAAUCACAGAUGGACAAGUGGAAUGGGAACCUCUAGAUGAAACCUAUGACGAAGUCAUUUUCGCCGAACCAGAAAAGCCAAUUCGCAAAUAUCCAGUACGAAGUGGCAAAGGGAACUGGGCCUCUGACCUCAAAAAGCUCUUCCCAUCAGAGGAGGCCAAUAUUGAUAAAUUCUUUGCCUUGUUGGAAGAAAUCCAAGAAGGCAAUUCCAAAUCAAUUUUAGUGAAGGUGCUUCCACUCUGGCUUGUGUGGUUUCUAAAUACUACAGGCCUUCUUGGUUACGUCACUGAUUUCUAUGACUGGAAUGCUAAAUCUUGUAAGGAGGUCGUGUAUGGAAUAACAGAAAACCAGGAGCUCCGAGACAUUUUUUGCUAUUGCUUUGGAGAUUUUGGUACCCCUCCAAGCAAAGCAGGCUUCCCAAUGCAAACUCUGCUCCAUACCCACUUUCAGAAAGGUGCUGCAUAUCCCAUUGGAGGAGCAUCAGAGAUUGCUUUUAACAUUAUUCCAGUUAUUGAGGCUGCAGGAGGCAGAGUACUUGUGCGAGCUGAAGUCACGCAAAUACUUCUGAAUUAUAAAGGGGCAGUGUGUGGUGUUCAGGUGAAAAAAGGAAAAGACAUUUAUAAUAUUCAGGCUCCAGUGGUGAUAUCAGCAGCAGGACUCUACAACACAUAUGAGCGUCUGUUGCCUUUGCACAUAGCUUCAUCAUCAAGGAUAUGGCCAAUAUUGCAGGACCUCGAACAUGGGCCAGGAGCUAUGUCUGUUUUUGUGGGCCUGGACUGCUCUGCUGAAGAACUUGACAUCAUUCACAAAAAGAAUGCUUGGGUGUUCACUGGCAAUGAUUUAGAUAAGGUACUUGCUUGCUGUUUGCAUAUAUAUAUAAUGUUGGUAAUUUUAGAAUUUUACUGAGACUGUAUU